AUGGCUCCUUAUCCCAGAAAUGACACUGCAGACACGUCUCAACUACUCCAGCCUGAAAUACAGAACACAAAAGAUAAAAUACAUAUUUACAGUUAUGAAUGUUGGAAAGAUACGGUGAUGCUAACUGUAACUAUAAUCAUCUUCCUCUGUGGCCUGGUGGGAAACGGGAUUGUCAUCUGGCUGCUGAGUUUCCGCAUGAAGAGAAACCACUUCUCUGUUUAUAUCCUUAACUUGGCCAUUGCAGACUUCACUUGGCUAUUAACUUUCUUUUCAGGGAUUGCAGCUGCACGCAAAAUUUCUAUCUGUUAUCUACCUCAGUUUGCAAACAUACUCUGCCUGUCUUCUUACACAGUGGAUCUACUCCUGCUCAUGGCCAUCAGCGUUGAGCGCUGUGUUUCUGUGCUCUGGCCCAUCUGGUUCAAAUGCCAUCGCCCAAAACAUCUCUCCACCAUUGUGUGUGCCCUCAUUUGGGUUCUUUUACUUAUUAUUAGUUUAAUAAUAAAUAUAUUUCAUCACCUUAAACCUGGACAUAUAUUUAUAAUAUUGGUCAUAUAUGGAGUUAUAUGCCUUCCAACAUUCCUGGUGCUCCUUGUGUCCAGCCUGACUCUGUUCAUCUGGAUCCAGUGUUAUUACCAGCAGAGAAAGCUCCGAAGGGUCUACUGGACCAUCCUGCUCAAUUUCCUGGUCUUCCUGUUUCUUGGUGUUCCGAAUGGAGUUUAUUUGGCCUGCAAUUUGUUCAUGAAUUCAAAAUGUCAUUAUCCUAUGAUGAUGACCUUAAUAUAUUUACUCUCUCUCUUGAAUAGUGCAGUUAACCCCAUCAUCUACUUCUUUAUUGGAUGA